GAACAUAACACCAAUGUAUAGAAAUGUAAAUAAAUGUAUGGAAGCGUCAUAGUUAUUUUCUGUAUCUAUUUCUUAUCCAAAAGUCAAUCUACAUUGCAGCUGAAAAUAAGAUUCCCACAGAGCUUAACACAAUGGCGCCAAAGAUUUUCAUGUAAGCUUUUAAGGUUACACUACCCACCAGCAAACCACCAAUUGACAACUUCAAGUACAGGGACCACAGGUUACACUGGCGGUGAUGCGCUCUAUACACUUUACAACGCACAUCCAGAUUGGGAGUACACAGCAUUGGUACGAAACUCCGAUAAAGCAGCUCCAGUGGCUGCAGCAUUUCCCAAGGUUCGUUUUGCAUAUGGGACAUUGGAUGAUGCUUCGGUUAUUGAACAAGAAGCUGCCAAGGCGGAUAUUGUUCUACGUAAGUUUGAUUGGCAUCUUCAUGAAUUUCAGCAUCGCUAACUAAAAUUCGUUCAGAUACCGCAGAUUCUUCCGACCAUGAGGUAGCUGCAAAAUCUACAGCCAAGGGGCUUGCCAAAGGCCACACGAAAGAAAAUCCAGGUUACUGGUUACACUUGUCUGGAACCGGUAUUCUCUGCUGGAAAGACAUGGAAACCCAAACCUAUGGUGAAUCUCCAUCGCAAGAACCAUAUGAUGAUCUUAAAGGCGUUUCGAAAUUGACCAAUUUACCUGAUACUGCUUUCCAUCGAGAGAUCGACAAGAUUGUUUUGGGUGCUGGAUCCGAGAGCGUGAACACCGCUAUCGUAUGUCCACCCACAAUCUAUGGUCCUGGUCGAGGUCCCGGAAAUCAACGAAGUCGUCAGGUAUAUAAUUUGGUUCAGAUUACCUUGCAGAAGGGUCAGGCUCCUCAACUUGGAAAGGGUCUGACGGAAUGGGAUAAUGUGCAUGUUCAUGAUCUCAGUAAGUUGUGGUUAUUACUCGCCGAAGCAGCCGUUGCAGGACCCGGACCAAACGAUGCGGAACUAUGGAAUGAGAAGGGAUAUUUCCUGGCCGAGAAUGGCCAUCAUGUAUGGGGAGAACUAUCCAAACUAGUUGGUGAAGUAGCAUAUGAGAAAGGACUUAUUAAAACAAAGGAAGUGGCAGCGAUGAAUGUGGAAGAAGCUAAAGAAUUAGCUGGCUUCGAAGCUGUGUCUUGGGGAUUGAACUCUAAAGGGUUUGCAAAGAGAGCUAGGAAAUUCUUAGCUUGGAAACCUACGGGAAGGAGUUUGAAGGAUGAGAUUCCUUUUAUCGUAGAUUCUGAAGCGAAGAAAGAGGGUGUGCUACCUGGGCAUGCUGCUGAGGCUUCUGGUGCUGCAUAAUUGUGGUAGUAGAGAAUUGUUUUUUCUAGAGCUUCACGGAAUGCGAAAACUUAGAAUUUAACUGGUGAUCUUUAC